UAUAAAAGCGCGCUUAUGUGUAGAGCUUUCUUCACUCUCAGAGAUAUCAAGCAACAAAACAAAGGGACAAGAAAAUUAAGCCAACAGAAUGAAAUGAAGUUUUUGCUGCUUGUGGUUUGCUGUGUGAUUUCCACAUCACUAGCUGGUCUGAUUGACCAAGAGGCUAAACUGGAAACUGUGCUCAAUGAAAUUGAUGAGGUAUUGCAAGACCUGAAAGCUGACGAUGAUAAGCCUCAUCCUGAACCACUCGGAGACAUUCAAAAACUUGAGUCGAUGAUCAAUGAUCGCACUGAACUUCAGAAAGGUUUGAAUGGAGCAGCGAUCGAGGGAGAUAUUCCAUCCGACAGACAAAACUCACAAGGAAGUUCUGCCACUAUGGAGGAAAUGUUGCUUCAUACUGAGAACAUUGACGAGGCAAUUGCUGAAGUGGAAGCUGCUGGGGGCCACGUUCUACUCCAACUUGGUCACAACCUCUUAGUUGCAAAAGUCCCCUCUCAUGUAGCCAAGCAGAAUAGAUUCAGUCAAGCUUCAGCCCAUAUUUCGAGUUCAGCAUCAGCAGAAACUUUGAGCCAUGCUAGUGCCUACUGGAUGGCACGAGAAGAUGAGCUGAAACCACAACCAACGGUUCAACAUUGGACAGAAAGAACGGCUCCAAUGGCCUUUGAACGAGAAGAUUCAGACGAACAUUUUCGGGGAGAUUCACCAUACAGCCAAACCAUGAUUGGGAAGAUUGUCGCUGUUAUUCUUAUUGCUUCCGGUCCUGGCAGCUUAGCAAUAAACGAUAGUGAGACAAAGAAGAUCAUAAGUGAAUGCCAAGCAGGGCUUAAAUUCUGGGCAGACGAAGCUCUGAAGUCUUUCAAAUUGUUAUUUGUGGUGGAGUAUAAGAAGGAAACAAUCAAUGCUACAAACCCAACCUCUUGCGAUAGUCAUGCAUCUUGCUACAGCGUUGUUGCUAAUGCUUUCCUCAAAGCUUCUGGUUACUCAACUGGUAAAGUCGGAGAGGACAAAUUAGCACAAUCUUUCAAAAAUAACGCUAAUGCUGAUGGUGCAUUCCUUGCUUUCUUCUCUAAAUACAAGCAAAUCACUUACGCGAUUACAUAUAUUGGUGGCGGACCUAUCAGCAUGCAGUACAGCAAUGGCAAUUGGGGUGUCGAUCAGAUUGACAGGGUUUUUGCUCAUGAAACUGGACAUGUUUUUAACGCUCAGGACGAAUACAAAAACGAUUGUGAUUGCCAAGAACGGUAUGGCAGGGGAAGAAACUGCACUGCUACAAAUGCCAACUGCAAUAAUUGCGCUUCUUCUCAAGUUAGCUGCAUUAUGGACCACAAUGAUUUUAAGCUUUGCGAGAGCACCAAGAAGCAUGUGGGUUGGUGCUCUUGAAUACCAACCCAAGAGACUUGAGGAAUACUUUUGAACUGCGUUACAGACUUGACUUACACCUCGUGUAGAUUAGCUAUAUAGUUGAGUGUUAGCUAUAGACUCCUGCAGUAUAAAUUAUAGAAUGCAUAAUUAUAGUCUAUAUAAGAGCAUAAUUAUAGUAUUAUACACCAAUAUAACUGUAUACCUUCACUCUAGUGCAUGUAUAUAGACAUUAAUUAUAAAUAUCUUUAGAUCAAUGUCAAGGACGUAUAAACUUAUAGACAUAA